AUGGAAUUACCACAAUGGAUUAAAAAUUUAACAGACCCUGCUUUUACUAAGACUUUUAGAGAAGAACCAAAGGACACGCUCUUACCCCCCUUCGGAUACAAACCAAUUAUAAUAACUGAUACUCAUUCUGAUAAAUUGAAAGUAAAAAAUUCAGCUAAUACUGCUAUCUCUCUCCAAAAUAUCAAUCAACUUCAGACUCAAAAAGCAUGGCAAAUAGCGUUUGGUCCUGCAAGAUCUAUUCCUAUGAAUUUUGUGAUGUCAUAUAUGUCAGGUACAUCUUUACAAAUUAUCCCUAUUAUGACCACUUUAAUGAUGUUGGUAGGACCUAUUAAGGCAUUGUUUGGUAUCGCAACCGCUUUCAAACCGGUUUUAGGAAAUAAAGAUAUAGAAGGUCAAGUGAGAGUGGCUAUGGUUAUUUAUGUAUUGGGUCAAGGUGCAUUGAUGUUUAUUGGUAUCAGGAAAUUGAACCAGAUGGGUUUACUCCCUAAUACUACAAGUGAUUGGCUCGCGUGGGAAAAAUUGGUUGAUUAUAAUAAAGGUAUUGAAUCUUAUUCGUUCUAA